AUGCACUCGCUUGCUCACGCCGUAUCUCGGAAGUCGCUGGAACGCAUCCAAGUAACGGUGGAUCCGCAUGACCCAGAAUCAGACCAAGCUCCAUCGGACGUACGGAGGGAGGAUUCAGAGUGGGAAUGGGAGCGCGUUGUUGGUCUGCUGGAGACGUUCACCAACCUCAAGCGCCUCGAACUUCUGUACAUAUCAGGCAUAUUUCUUUCCCCUACAUUACUCGGACUCACGGCGGAGCACCUUCUCCGGCUCCUCAGGCGUUGGCCCUCUAUUGUGACCGUUGGGCUUCGCAUGGAGGCUCCUCUCUUCAACGUCUUCCAACUUUGUCCGUACGUGAAGAUGAUGAGGGAGGUCGACAUUCUGUAGGCUUUGUUGGCGAGUUACACGUCAGGGGUAAUCACAGAGGGUGGCUCGGCUGGCGUUACUUGUUGGCAACCGAUGACACCCGUUAUUAUGGAGGAGGGUCCUUUGUAGGUAGAAGAAGUCGGUCGGUCGGUCGAAAAGUGCAGUCCACCGGUGAGUCGGAGCGUCAGUCUGACGUCCUCUCUUUCUAGCCUCGCCACACAGACCACGGCC